AUGGAGUGGACUGAAAAUGCUAUGCUAACGUUCAUAAAAAAAAUUCAAUCGCAUCCAUGUUUAUGGAAUCCGGCGGAUAAAAAUAAAAAAAAUCGAAGUAAGGUGCGUGACGCAUUCAAAAAUAUAGCCGAAGAAAUGAAUACAGAAAAUAUCGAGGAAUUAAAAAAAAAGAAAGAAAUCAUUUUUCAAACGUAUCGAGGAUACAGAAGGAAGGUACUCGUUAGCCAAAAAUCCGGAGCAGGGACCGACGACAUUUACAAACCAACAUGGCCGCCAUACUCACUUUUAGAUGAGUUUCUACACGGGAUAUAUUCUCCAAAAGGAAGAUUCGACACGUUGAUCACUGAAGAUGAAGGUGAGCAAAUAGUAGUUGAUGUUGAUGAAGAUCAAGCUAGUGGAGGAUCGUUUCAAACAGCAUCGCAAUUCAGCGUUGGAGCUUCUGUACCAUCCACCACUUCCCACGCUCCAUCCAAUAAAAAGAGAAAAUGUAGUACCCAACGUAUAGAUGCCGUGCAUGAUCUUAGAAACCUACAAGCAGGUAUCGAUGCUGACGAUGAGGAUUCAUUCAAAGCGUUUGGAAAUAGUGUAGCGGCACAAUUGAGGAAGUUAUCAGGAGAAAACGCUCUUUUGGCUCAAAGGGACAUCCAAAACAUCCUCACUGACUACGGUAUUGAGGAUAUUCGGGAAAGGAAAAAUAUUGUCUACUUCUCAACAUGUAACCGUCCUUCAUCUCCAGCAUCCACAUCAUCAUAA